AGUAUAGGAAGCAGGUACCUACGUCACGUACCUAAGCCAACGUUUAUGCUUCGACUCCCUCCUACGUUUCCUUCUCCCUAAUCCUAUCAACUCCCGCUUCUCACAUUUCUUUCUUCCGUACCGAUAUCAAGAGCGACGAGCAUUUUUCCUACCGACACGUCCCGGCACUCUGUAAACCAAGUAGAUUCGCUCUAGCUAGUCACGAUGGCAUCUUCCUCAGCAUCUCAAACUCCACUUCUCUAUUCGUGCAUCGCACAUCAUACUACCAUCCUGUCUGAAUGCACCACCUCAGCUUCGUCGCAGACGUCGUCUCUCGCCUCGCUCAUCCUGCCUAAGAUCAGUCACGACUCCCCGCAGAAGCUCACAUACACACAUGGCUCGCACUACAUCCACUACAUAUCCGAGGCACCGUCUGCGCACCCUGAUAACCGGUCUGCAGGCGGAUUGACCUUCCUUGUGAUCGCAGAGUCGUCGCUGGGGCGGCGCGUGCCAUUUGGGUUCCUGUUCGAGAUCCGCAAGCGUUUUUUCGAUGAGCAUCCCGCCGAGACUGCCGACUUCGCCGAUAUCCCCAAUUACGGCGCCGCCAGCUUUAAUGCCGAACUCCGAAACGUAAUGGUUGAGUUCGGCACCACGAGCGGCGGUCGCGACGAUGCCAUCUCCAAUGUCCAACGCGAGAUCGACGACGUGCGCGGCAUCAUGACCCGCAACAUUGAAGGCCUACUCGAGCGCGGCGAGCGCAUAGACCUCCUCGUCGACAAAACAGACCGUCUGGGCGGUAGCGCGCGCGAAUUUAGGGUUCGGAGUCGCGGCCUGAAGCGGCAGAUGUGGUGGAAGAACGUCAAACUGAUGGCACUGCUCGCGCUAGUACUGCUCUUGAUCGUUGUCGCAAUCGUGAUUGCGGCCCGGAAUGCCAUGGGUUGAGGAUGGUCGUCUUGGUUCCCCAACACUCGAGGGACGGCAAAAAGCGAGCCCGUAUUCACGCUGGGUGGUUGUAUUAAUUUGAGGGGCGUUCAGAACAAGCUGAUAAGGAGAACAGCAACUUGGUACUGUUUAUUUCCUUUGGCGUUGAUACCCAAGUUUAGUGAGGUCGAUACCGGAAAUAUAUAUAUAUAUAUAUAUUAUGCUUUUGUGUCCUGUGUA